AUGGGAAAGAGAAAGCAAGUAAUGUCUGAUGGAUUAGAGAAAAACUUUUCUGCUUCUAUGAAUUAUAAAUUAAAAAGUUUUUUUCCUGGUGUUAAGGGUUUCGAGUUUAGAACUAUUUCUGAUAUUAGUAGUUUAAGACUGUCUGCUGAUUCUUCUCCUAGUUCUACAAAUGAGUUUUCUGGUCCUACAAAUGAGUUUUCUAGUUCUACGAAUAAAUUGCCUUGUUCUGUAAACUAUGAGUUGCCUUGUUCUGUGAACUAUGAGUUGUCUGGUCCUACAAAUUAUAAGCUUUCUGGUCUUGUGAAUAAGAAAUUGUUCAGUCUUGUAAAUAAGAAAUUGUCUGUUCUUGAGAAUAAGGAGUUGUCUGGUCUUGAGAACUUCGAAGUGAACAAUAAUUUACCUGGUUCUAUGAACUUUGAGGUGGAUAGUAAUUGGUCUAAUCUUAUGAACUUUGAG